CAGACCAAUUUCCAUAAUUAUUCGGUGCAAUAUUUAUAUUAAUAAAAUAAAUAUAGGCAAAUACCAAAAUACAGCAACUUCACAGCCCAAAUCUCUUCCACAGUUCCAUUAUUACAGUCCACCACAGUCCCCUUCUUUUUCUCUUCAUUCACACUACAGAUUCAUUCACUCAACAGAAAGAGAGAGACACCCACACCCAUUUCCGCAUCUCUCUAACUAAAAACUUGAUCUUACAUUACCAGAUGCAUCAUCUAUUAAUUUUGCAGAUCCAAACCUAGCUUCAUUGAGCUCUUAAUUUUUGAAGAUUUGGUUUGCGAGAGGAAAAAAGUGUGCGAGUAUGUACGGUAGGGAUCCAUGGGGAGGGCCUCUGGAGAUAGCGGCCGAUUCCGCUACCGACGACGACCGCAGCCGGAACUUGCAGGAUUACGACAGGGCGGCCCUGUCGAGGCCGCUCGACGAGACGCAGCAGAGCUGGCUGCUGGGCCCCGGCGAGCAGAAGAAGAAGAAGUAUGUGGAUCUCGGCUGCAUUAUCGUUAGCAGGAAGAUCUUUGUGUGGACUGUGGGGACCAUUUUGGCUGCCGGAUUGCUCGCUGGAUUCAUCAUCUUGAUCAUUAAGACGGUGCCGCGCCACCACCCCAAGCCGCCGCCACCGGAUAAUUACACGCUGGCGCUGAACAAAGCCCUCAUGUUCUUCAAUGCUCAGCGUUCUGGAAAACUACCGAAGCACAAUAAUGUAUCGUGGAGGGGCAACUCUUGUGUGAAUGACGGAAAAUCUGAUUCUUCGACUUUGUUUAAAGACCUGUCUGGUGGCUAUUAUGAUGCCGGAGAUGCAAUUAAAUUCAACUUUCCGCAAUCUUUUGCCAUGACGAUGUUGAGUUGGAGUGUGAUUGAGUACAAGGACAAAUUCGAAGCAGCUGGAGAGCUUAACCAUGUCAAAGAUAUAAUCAAGUGGGGAACUGAUUAUUUUCUCAAGACUUUUAAUCACACUGCCGAUACUAUUGACAGAAUUGUGUCACAGGUGGGACAAGGGGAUACAACAGGUGGGACAGAGAAUGAUCACUACUGUUGGAUGAGGCCGGAGGACAUUGAUUACGAUAGACCUGUUACUGAGUGUCACAGUUGCUCAGAUUUGGCCGCAGAGAUGGCUGCUGCUUUGGCUUCUGCAUCUAUAGUUUUCAAGGACAACAAGGCAUACUCACAAAAGCUUGUCCAUGGUGCCAAGACUCUCUUUAAGUUUUCUAGGGAUCAGCGUGGUAGAUAUAGUGUUGGUAAUGAGGCAGCAAUUUUCUAUAACUCUACGGGUUACUAUGAUGAGUUUGUGUGGGGAGCUGCUUGGUUGUACUAUGCCACGGGUAACAAUUCGUAUCUUCAGCUCGCUACAACUCCCGGCAUUGCCAAGCAUGCUGGUGCGUUCUGGGGAGGCCCCUACUAUGGCGUGCUUAAUUGGGACAACAAGCUUGCUGGUGCCCAAGUGCUUCUGAGUCGUCUAAGGUUAUUCCUGAGCCCUGGCUAUCCUUAUGAAGAGAUUUUGAAAACAUUCCACAACCAGACCAGCAUAUUUAUGUGCUCGUUCCUGCCAUAUUAUACAUCAUUUAACAGGACAAAAGGCGGCAUGAUCCAGUUAAAUCAUGGCAACCCUCAGCCUCUUCAGUACGUUGUCAAUGCAGCUUUCCUGGCUACAUUGUUUAGCGACUACAUGAAAGCUGCCGAUACGCCUGGCUGGUAUUGUGGGCCUCAUUUCUACUCAACAGACAUCCUCCGUGAAUUUGCAGAGACUCAGAUGAAUUACAUCCUUGGUAAGAAUCCCAGAAAGAUGAGCUAUGUUGUGGGCUUCGGCAAUCAUUACCCGAAGCAUGUCCACCACAGAGGAGCCUCCAUUCCGAAGAACAAGAUUAAGUACAACUGCAAGGGAGGAUGGAAAUGGAGGGACACAUCCAAGCCGAACCCUAAUAUUCUUGUUGGAGCUAUGGUUGCUGGUCCUGACAAACACGAUGGAUUCCGUGAUGUUCGUUCAAACUACAACUACACAGAGCCAACACUUGCAGGCAAUGCCGGCUUAGUUGCAGCCCUUGUGGCUCUAUCUGGUGAAAAGACUGUGGGGAUAGACAAGAACACGAUUUUCUCGGCUGUGCCACCCAUGUUUCCGACACCACCACCACCACCAGCUCCUUGGAAGCCAUAGGCCUUACUUUCAUCUCUUUCUGUCUGCCGUGUGACUGGACGAAUCGGAUGCUCGGUCAUGGUGUUUUUUGCUAAAUUUGGGACGUUGGAAGGAAGGAACAGUAGCUCAAGAUGUUGGAACAUAGCUGGGGGUUGUGCUGGUUCUUGGAAAAAUGGCCCAAAUCUGGAAACAUGAAUCUUUUCCAACCUCAAUUUACUUGGAAAAUUGUGAUAUAGUGUGUAUGUAUAUGUAUGAAUACCAACAUAGUAUUUUUUGAACGAUAGAGUUUGAACAUGAACUGCCAA